GAUGAGUCGCUUUGUCGCUGCUGUAAAUAAUAAUCAGGCUUUCAUACGCCAAGAGCUUCUUCCAUGGCCUUCCAAUCAUCCUCUUCUUCUUUCGGCCGUCGAUGGCCCUACGAUGUAUUCUUAAGCUUUAGAAGCGAAGACACCCACCUCAGUUUUACUGCUCGUCUAUGCAAAGCUUUGUGUGAAAGGGGAAUCUAUACCUACAUGGAUGACAAACUUAGAGAAGAAGAAGAAAUUUCACCGGAAAUUCUCAAAGCCAUUAAAGAUUCAAGGACUUCAAUCGUUGUACUCUCUGAAAACUAUGCAUCAUCUACAUGGUGCUUGGGUGAGCUGAUCGAGAUCCUCCGGUGUAGGGAAUCAAACCAACAAAUUGUUUUACCGGUGUUUUACAAAGUAGAUCCAUCCGAUGUACGGCAUCAAAAAAAGAAUUUUGGAGAAGCAUUGGCUCAACACCAAGACAGCUUCAUGGAGGAUACUGUGCAUAACUGGAAGGCAGCCCUGAAUAAAGUGGCCAAUUUGUCUGGGUGGCAUUUAGAGAAAGGUGGUAGGAAUGAAUUUAAAUUCAUCAACGAAAUUGUUCAAGUGGUUUCAAGAAUAGUAAAUCACACAUACUUAAGUGUUGCCAAAUAUCCGGUUGGAAUAGAGUCUCGCAUACAAGAUAUCAAUGAGCGGCUGUUACAUAUUGGGAUGAGUGACAUACACAUGAUAGGAAUCUUCGGAGCUGGUGGAAUUGGUAAGACAACUAUUGCCAAAGCGAUCUAUAACUCGUUUGCUUACCAGUUUAAAGAUUGUUGUUUUCUUGCAAAUGUUAGAGAAACUUCAAUGAAAGAGUUCGGCUUAGUCCAAUUGCAAGAGACACUACUUUAUGAGAUCCUAGGCAACUCAAGUUUGAAGGUUGGCAAUGUUGAUCGAGGAAUCAAUGUCAUAAAGGAAAGGCUUUGUUGUAAAAAAGUUCUUUUAGUUCUUGAUGAUGUGGAUGAGUUGGUCCAAUUAAAAGCAUUAGCUGGAGAAUCCAAUUGGUUUGGUUUAGGAAGUAGAAUCAUUAUAACAACAAGAGAUGAACACUUGCUAAUUAAGCAUAACGUUGAUUUAACAUACAAGAUGAAUGAAUUGGAUCACAAUGAAGCUUUUCAGCUCUUUAGUCUACAUGCUUUCAAAAGUGACAAACCUCAUGAUGAUUUUGUGGACCUUACAGAACAUGCACUACGUUAUGCUGGGGGCCUCCCACUAGCUUUAACCGUGCUAGGUUCAGAUCUAUAUGGUAGAGAUAUACACUAUUGGAAAAGUGCAUUGGAAAAUUACAAAAGAAUUCCAAAGAAAAAUAUUCUCGAAAAACUUCAACUAAGUUAUGAUGGAUUGGAGGAAAGUGAGAAGAAUAUUUUCCUUGACAUUGCAUGCUUCUUCAAAGGGAAAAAUGCAAAGUAUGUUACUAAGAUACUAGAAGGUUGUGGUUUCUUCCCAGAUAUUGGUAUUAUAGUACUUGUGGAGAAGUCUCUCAUAACUAUUGAUGAGGAUACAUUGGUCAUGCAUGACUUAUUGCAAGAUAUGGGUAGAGAAAUUGUUCGUCAAGAAUCGCCCAAAGAACCAGGCAAACGCAGUAGGUUGUGGUUUCAAGAAGACGUUCGUUAUGUACUAGAAGAAAAUAUGGGAACAAACAAAAUUGAAGGCAUUUUGAUAGAGUUGCCUCAAAGAGACUUGAUAUGCUUAAGUUCCGAACCCUUCAUAAAGAUGAAGAUGCUCAGAUUGUUUAUAAAUCGUAAUGCAUGCUUUUCUAGAAGGCCUAGUUAUCUCUCUAAUGAGUUAAGAGUGCUUGAUUGGGCAGAAUGUCCUCUACAAUCUUUGCCAUCCAAUUUUCAUGGAAAGAAACUCGUCGUUUUUAAAAUAGAUAAUAGCCCCUUUAAGGAAUUGAAGCAGGGAUUCAAGAAUUUCCAAAACAUGAGGAUUAUGGCAUUCACUAAGUGUAAUUUCUUCACAAAAAUGCCUGAUAUUUCAGGUAUCCCCCAUUUAGAAGAGUUUACUCUUUUUGAAUGUAACAGUUUAGUUGAGGUUCAUGACUCUCUUGGAUUCCUUGAUAAGCUUUCCUAUUUGUCAGUUCGCGCAUGCUCUAAUCUUAUCUCUUUGCCAAGAAGUCUCAAGUUAAAAUCUCUAGAAAUGCUUUACCUUGAUGGUUGCUCAAGCCUUCAAAACUUUCCUGAAACUGAGAUUCAAAUGGAGAGCUUAAGAGACAUUACAUUAAAUGACACUGCUAUAAAGGAACUGCCUUCAUCCAUUGGGUAUUUGACUGGGCUUCGCCAGUUAUAUCUAAGCGGUUGCAAAAACCUUAUGCAUCUCCCAAGUAGCAUUCUUCAAUUACAACAUCUAGAGAUUCUUUCUCUCACAAAUUGUUCAGAACAUGUUAAGCUUCCAACAAAGGUGAGGAGGGAUGAAAGACAAUCCAUGCCCUCAAAUGUGUUAGCGAACACAUAUGAAGUUUUGUCAAGUACAAAACUAUUUUCAUUGCCACCUCCAACGAAUUCAAGCAUUUUAAAUGAUGGUUGCUCCUCAAUAGGGCUUCCAGCACUAACAUAUUUGGAUCUUGAAAAUUGUUGCCUAGCAAAGUCAGAUUUCCUUGAGAUACUUAAUUGCUUUUCCAGUUUAGAAAAUUUAAUUCUAUCAAAGAGUAAUAUUGUUAGUCUUCCUGCAUGCAUCAAAAGAUUUGUUGGAUUGAAGUCCCUUAUACUGGUGGAUUGCAAGCAACUUCAAGAAAUUGUAGAACUUCCACCAAAUAUAGAAGACAUAGAUGCUAGUGGAUGUGUUUCAUUGGAAAGUUUUCCGGAAGUAUCAAAAAAAUAUCAAUUCAAUACAAGCGAGUUACAAGCUUUAGAAUGGAUUGACUUGUCCAGAUGCUACAAAAUGCUUGUGAAUAUAGGGAAUCAAGUGACAAAUCCUUCAUGGGAUGAGGGACAUCUUAAGGACUACGUUGGUGGCAUUCUCUUUCCGGGAAACAGGAUUCCAGACUGGUUAAGCUAUCGUAACGAGACUUCAAAAAAUAAGUCAUGUGAAAUAGAUAUUACUGGGCACCUGCAUUUGGAUGAGAUCAAAGGAAUUGCUUUUUGUGCUGUUAUGGGAACCACUGCGAUCUCCCCAGAAGACCCCAUUGCUUAUAUUGGUGUUAACAUCAUCGAUGAAGGUGCCCCAACUUCUAUUGGAGGAAGAGUACUUAAUUUCAUGGGCUCAGAUCAUGUAUGGCUGCAGUACUCUGUUCUAGAAUCUUCUGAACUGAAGGGGGACAAUCUUCGAGUUGAGUUUUAUAGUCGUUCAGAUUCAGUACUCUUUAAAAGUUGCGGAGUCCAUAUGAUAUACAAGAUCGAAAAGAAUGCAAAGGAUGAUCCGGGUGUGCUCCAUGAGCAUGUUAAUGACCAUUUGGAUAUACCCGAUGAAGAAAUUAAAAAUUCAGUAGAUUUAUUAAUAGACGAUUUUCAACUCUCAAAGAGGCAUCUUGAUGACGAAGAUCACAACUUGGAAUCCAAUUGGCACCCACAACAGAAGAGGCGUUCCUUAACCUUUAGUUGUGAUACUACAUGCCUGUAAGUACAUCUAUGAUCAAUUUUCUGGUUUCACAUGACAUAAUAAUGUUAUUCACGUUGAUGAGUCGUGAAAAUCUUAAUA